GUUCUUUUCGGUGCUGCUUCGACUUUGCUCUAACUCUGCCAUUCUCCAGCAACAACUCAAUCACAACGUGACUCUCAUUUCAACUUCGCGUCAAUCUACAGUACCACCUUCACCCUACCUACUCAGAUUCGAUAGCAUAAACAGAAGACAAUGUACCAGUAUCCUGGCCCGCCGUUUGGCCGCCCCGGAAUGCCGCCGGGCAUGCCGCCUGGAUUUGGGAUGGGAGUUCCUGGUGUUCCUCCAGGCUUCGGUAUGCCCCCUGGCACAGCUCCUGGAAUGGGUGGGCCUCCGGGCAUGCCGCCUCCACCUGGCGUUGGCGCACCUGGCACUGGAGCUCCCCCCGGCACCCAACAGGCCAAUAUGGGCGCACGUCCUGGAAUAGCUGGCUUCGCGCCGCCCGCGAAUCUUCCGAACAUAAACUUCAAUGCGCCAAUCAUCAGACUGGGCACCUCGGUGACGCGGCAGAAUCCUCUACCUACACAGAGUUCGACGGCGGGCAAGGCAGCAGGCUCGAUGGCAAGGGAGGUCAAUGAACUUCUGCCACCGACGGUUGAGGAGCAGCUUAAGACUGUUUUCGUGGGUGGAAUACCGAAGGGCGUCGAUGAUGAGUGGAUGGAACGAAUCUUGAGGGCGACGGCGACGCUGAGGAAGUGGACGAGAGCGACUGAUGAAGACGGAAAACCGUGCAAGUUCGGAUUCGCAGAAUAUGCGGAUCCAGAGUCUCUUGGGUGCGCAUAUGAAGUUCUUAAGGAUUUAGAGAUACCUGCUGUUGACAAUCUUACGGAAGGUUCCAAAUUACUGGUAACAAUCGACGAUAAAUCGAAGACUUACCUCGACAACGUGGAGGAUGCCAACAACGCCGAUCUACGGGAAAUCCGUCUCGACACAGCAAAGACCAAUCUCGAGAACGCGCUCGCCGAAUUCAAAGAUCCCACGAAACACACGGCGAAACCUACUGAGAGCACGCCUGUUCAGGAGAAGGCCUCCUCUCCAAAACCAGAUGAGUCCACCCCGCAGCCUGAAAUCGUCACCAUUCCUCUCUCCACCGACGACGAGCUUUCGGAUAUCCCAGCAGAUAUGCGAGAGAUGGUGGCGAAAGAGAUCCAAGCUUUCCGCGAGCGCUCCAACCGUCGCGACAUGGAGCGGCUGAAGCGGGAAGAAGAGAUCGAACGCAUGGAGCGGGAACGGAACAACCCUCCCAGUUCUCGCGUCAGUCGUCUUGCCUCACCGCCCGCAUCAGCUCCUACUGGCCCCAGCGGUGGCGCGAAUGCAAUCCCCAUCGGCCCCAGCCGCAUUAGAGACCAACAGACACCCACCGCUCCCCGUAUCCCUACAGGUCCCUCCUCUGCCCCUCGCGACUACCAAAAAGGUGUUUCCUUUGUUAACGGUGGUGGUCUCAAUGGCUAUGCAUACACCCGUGAAGAAGAAGAGUCCGAUGCUUCUGACUCGGAGCUCGAACGCAGGAGAAAAGAACGCAAGACCGCGGACCAGGAGAAGACAUACCUGGACCACGAGCGCCGCUGGUUAAAUCGUGAGCGCUCCCGCACCUCUGCCCUCGAGCGUGAGCGCCAGCGAGAUGACGAUGACAAGCGUCGCGAGGAGGUGGAUCGCACCGCCAUGGCGAAAAGACUAGCGGAGUGGGAUGAUGACAUCGAGGCCGAGAACAAGACCGAGGAGUACUAUGUAGACCGCUCCGUAUGGAUCCGUAACCGUAGUGCGUUCCGCCAGCGAGAGAUUGAGCUCGAUGAACGGGACCGUGCUGCGGAGCAGAGACAGCUCGAGGCCGACACUGACAAGAAGCGUGCGGCGGAGAGCAUGGCCGACAGCUUCCUUGCCCAGCAGGCGGCGGAGAUGGAGAAGGCGGCUGCUGCGCGCGAAGAGCCGAGACGAUUCAAGUUGUCGCUCGGUGCGGCGGCGGCCACUCGCAAGGCGAAUGAGGAGAAACCGAGGAGAAAGACUGCUGCCGAUGUCGAGAACCUGCUCGAAGAUGAGGAGGAAGAUGAAACUAAGACUCGUCGUGUGCUCAUUCCCAUACAGUAUGAUGUCUCCAGCUCGAUGGACGACGAGACACGAGAGCGCCUGGUCAGACAACUGGCACAAGAGAUUCCAACUGAGCGGAGGGGCUUGUUCGAGUGGAAAGUGCAGUGGGAUCAGGUCGACGAAGCUAUCGUCAAGGAGAAGCUGCAGCCAUUCGUCGAGAAGAAGAUUGUCGAGUACCUUGGUGUUCAGGAACAAGAGCUUGUCGGCUUCGUGCUCGGCCACAUCAAGAAGAGAGGCAGUGCUGAGGAACUAGUCAAGGAACUGGAGAUGGCACUCGACGAAGACGCCGAGACCAUGGUCAGGAAAGUGUGGAGGAUGUUGAUCUUCUACUCUGAGAGCGAGAAGAGGGGCCUGAACUAGUCGAAGACAAGACGCAUCUUCGAACUCUUUUAUUUUUGUGUUUUUUUUUGAUGACGGCCAGCUUUGUAUAAUAUCAGGUUGCCUGCCCAGUUUCUACUUUCUUCCUGCUGCUUCACUGCUUCACUGCUUGCUUGCUUUUCUUGCCACACGUAAUUUUUUGGAGUUUUUUUGAUCCCUUAUGUCUGGUACCUAUUCGUUCCCAUAGAGAAUUACCUACCUCCUGCGCCUGAUCUGAUUUGAUCUGAUCUGCGCAAGCCUAAUGGAUGUGGAUGACUACCG